UUGCAGAAAGCUUCACUUGACUGGGAUUUUGUAAAAUGGGUGCAAAUUUGGACUUAUCACUAGUCGCUGAUCUACCGCAUCAAAAUAUGGUUAUGGUGCUUCUCACCGAGCUGAUAAAUUUCCAAAAUGGACUUAUUGCACGUCUUGAAGAAGUGGAUACGUAUUAUUCAGAACAACUUACGACAAAAAUUAAUAAUGCGCUGAAUAAAAUGCAUGAAUAUUCUCGACGUCUUCAAACACUUAAUCGUAAUAUUUUGGAAUUAACGAAACAAGUGCGAGUAAUGGUAUCGCGAGUGCAAGCACUAAGUAAAGAGGAAACUGAAGCAGUGGAUCGCUUAAUGAUGUGUUAA